CAUGAAUACAUACUUUGUUUUGAUGAUCACUAGUAACUUACUAAUUAAGUUUUUGUAACACAAUGGAAAAUUUAAUUAUCUUUAUUUAGGGUCUACUUUAAUAGUCAGGAAGCUUCUCUGUUUAAGGACCAAGACCUUCUAUUCUAGAUUUGUGAAAAACAUGAAAAUAUUCUUGUUAGUAUAUAUUUUGAUCCAAGAUGUAUUAACCAGAAAGCUUCUAGGUAGAUGUUUUUGUUGUGAAGUGGCAGUUAAAGUUAUGGCACAGAUGACUUCUAGUCACCUAGACUAGCUCAAAUAGUGAUGACCUGGUAAUGAUGUAUUAAAUUCAUAUUGAAGUUGGGUCAUACUCCCAUUUAGCUGAAGUGGAUUGGCAAUUUCAAGUGCAAUUAGUUGUUGGAGGCUCUUAAGCUACCACUUAUUUUAUACAUCUGACAUCUUGUCUCUCCUAUCCUCCUUUUUUCCUUGUUUCUUUCUUUUUCUUUAUUCUUGCCAUAGGUCUGCUGGUGGCACUCAAGCUUACCCCCUUCAGAAAGAAGUAAAGACAUUGCUGACUCCUGCCUUAGAACAUAGCUAACUGAUGAUCCAGAAAGAUUUCUUUAUUGUGAGGUAAUUGGGCAGUAUUUUUUUUUUCUGCUGUUUUCCCUUUAAGACUUAAGUUGACAAUUUGAAGAGCAUUUAAUUAGUGUUAAAUUUUUUUGAAUUGAAGAGUGUUAGAAGUAUGUGUCUUUUACUUACAUUUCUGGGAGCUGAGACAUUGGUUUGGAAGUUUGAGAGCAGGAGGGGGAAAGCUGUUUAAAGUGUUUGUGAAUGGAGGUAUGAAAAGUACAUAGGGAAUGGUUUGGAGGUAAAUUGGGGAGAAUUUUUAUUGGAAUAGGAAAAGAUGCUAAGGUGAAGUCUGUAUGAGAGUUGUUUACUAAGAACAAUUAAGUUGAUCUUUACUAAGGAGGUUUCAGUGAUGCGAGAGAAAACUGUUGAUCAGUAGCUAGUUACAAUGAUGAUGAUGUUGAUGAUGCUGAUGCUGUAUAUGCAGCAUCUGUUUCCACCUAUAAGAUGUUUGCUUUUCUGGGACGAGUUAGAAUGGCAGCUUUUCUGGUAAUGGCAAGUUGGUGCUAAGUACUUACUAUUUUGAGAAAAAGAAGAUAUGAAAGUUUCAAACUUUUUCACAGUUAACCAUUUUUAAACUAUCAGUAGUAUUUAUUAUUACAGACUAUAUUUUCUUGGGCUCUUGUCACAAUGUAGUUUACCUUUAGAUCUGUAUCCAAAGAUCCUUCCUUCUAUAUAAACUCUAGCCUUUGGUCCACAUUAGUUUCUUAGAAGACAGUUAACCAGAUGAAAGCACUAAGUUGUAAUUUUUAAAGUACCUUGUCUGUUUCUUCUACAUUUACAAUAUUGGCAACCAUUUUACAUUGUGGAUUUGAUGAGGCCUUCGAUGAUACUAUAUUUCUGAAAUUAGAUGAUAUACCCCCUAAAUUCAUGUUUCUGUUUGUUUUUCCACUUUUUCUCUUACUUUAAAAUUGUAGACUUCCUGAGUUUGUUGGUGGAGGAUGUUAAUUACAUAAUUUAGUAUAUCUUGGAGGUUCUUACGUUCUUUUGUAGAGUGAGGUAACCAUUUCAUAUUCUGUUCUCAUAAUUCCAGGAGUGUUUUAAAUUAUUUACGAUAAAGAAUUGCUAUGAUAUUUUAAUUAUGUAAUUCAGAUAUAUUUGGGUUAACUUUUUGUUGGUAAAUUUAGUAUGAAUUAUUCUCAGUGAUUUUGACAUAUAUUUUCAAGAUCCAUUUUAAUCAGAUCUCUGUACAUUCGUGAUAAAAAUCUCUUUAAAAAUACCCAAAAAAAUAGGUUCUGAUUUUGUCCUUAGAAGGUAAUUUUUCUUUUUUAUACAUGUCAACUUCAUUAACAAUAGGAAGAUUAUUUUUAUAUUGCUUAUUUUAUAGAGUUGGCACUUAGUAUAAUUUUCACAUUUUAUUGUGUGUCACAUUUCAAGUUAUAAUACAGUAACAUACUAUAACUUAAGUCAGCACAGAGUCGUUUUAAGUAGUUCUUCCUUUAGGAAUUGGCUUAAAAGAAGUGAAUUCCCAAACCUGUGUCAAGAACCAGUGAUUUAAAUAACUGUGAGACAAGUCUUUGAAAGGCUUUCUUGAGUCUAGUUAGUGGAAAUAAAUGAUAGCCCAUUUCCAUGCUGCAUAGUUGUUAGGGUUUUUAAAGUUGUCAGUAUGUAAAAGUGCAGAAGUAAGAAAGACUAUGUAAAGUUGCCUAUAAAAUUUCUAUUUUUCAUUAUUUGCACUAUUUAUCUUUGCACUUGAUUUUCUGAAAGUUAAGACUAGUCACUUUCACUUUUGUUUCUAGUCUUUUCUAAUUUCUUGCAGAAUUAUGUUUUCAAUAUCCCUCCCAAAGUAAAAUGUAUAUGCAAUUAAAUAUACUUUUUAAAGCCAAAAAAUAUUUAAUCUUAGCUAUGUAAUACAGAAAUUUGUUUUGAUAAAUAUUUUAAUAAGGCCCUUGAUUUACCAAUAAAAUUCUUUGUAAAUGUGAGCUUUACUAAGCGCUUUAAAUAAAGUAAAAGCUUAGGAUAGGUAAAUCUUUGAGAUCUAGCUUCCAGCCUCAGAUAGCCUGGUUUUGGAGUGUUGGUUUGUUUCCACUUUAGUCAAUGAGAUUUGAGUCUUACUGGGUACAUGCUUAAAAAACUGGAACCGAAGUAGGUGGAAAGUGGCAUCUGCCUCUUUCAUGUAGUUUUCCAUGAUGUUCAUAUAGUUUCCUCAUGGUCUGUGUAAUAUAAUUGAUAUUGAAAGAAUUGAUUAAAUGACUAUUCCUUUUUGGAAUUCAGAAUUGACUCAUUUUUUGAGGGGGAGUUGCAGCAAGGGAUCAGAGACUUUAUUUUAACCAGAGGCAGUCUUAUAACCUCAAAGAUGUUCUCUAAAAGAAAAGAACAAAAAGUGUACCUGUAAGCAUAUUUUUUGUGAGAUUGUGUAACACAGUGUUUAUAAUUGCAAAAAAAGAGAUUUGACAGUUUUGUCAGUAGAACAGAGAGAGAUGUUUUUGGCUGAAAUUGUUUUUUAUAAGUUAUUUAGUUAUUUCAUUUUAUAUUCCCUUUCCCAUAAUUUUUACAUACUUAAAACCAACAAGUGAGAGGCCUUUUUCAAAUCUUAUUUUCAUAAUGCCCGAAUAUGUUUCUGGGGAGAAGGGAGGGUAGUGUUUUAAUUCUUGACAUGAUCCUCUCAGCAUGUUUUGCUAGUCAUUCUGGACCUGUUAUUUGAAAAUUCUGUUGCAAAUUUGGUGGUGUAUUUGAAAUGAGAAUGUUCUCUAUAGCAUGGUAUGAAUGUUCAUGGACCGAUUCUGUUGUGGAACCCAUAGUUUUGUUUUUAAUUUGACUAGAAAACUUAACUUCCAUUGUCUAAAUUUUAGGUUUGUAGUUGUCUAACUAUAAACCAAUUUGGGGAAAUAGAGGUUUACAGAUGUGGAUUUGACUCUACAUAAUCCUAUAUAAAUCUCAAGUUAAAGGCUCACAUCAGUAGAGUUACCUAAGUUUUAUGUUGUCAGGUCUUUAAAUGUGGAUGAUGUUUAUUAUAUCUCUGAAUUUCCUUUAGGAAAAGAGCGAAAUUCAGUCUCUAAAUUUUUUCUUGGAGACUAAAUUUUCCAUAUAUGGAAAAUGGAAAAAUUUUAGAAAGUGGCUUUAUUUUUAAAUGGAUUUUAACCAGCUUAAUUAAUUAUUUUUCCUAGUUUGAAGUACUUAUUUCCCAGAUGUGAAUAAAUAAUCAACAUUUGCCUCCCUCAACUCUUUUUUGGAGGUUUUCAUUUUCUGCUCCCAGUGAUAUAAAAUCAAUUACGGGUAUCCCUCUAAGUCCUGCAAUCCUUUUUGGGUGAUCACAGAUAUCUUUGAUAAUCUGACAAAAGUGAUGGACCCUCUCCCCAGGAAAAAAUGCACAUACACAGAUAAUUUUGCAUACAACCUCAGGGUCAUCACAUCUUCUGAAACCUAAGUUAAGGAUCUAUGCUCCAAGUAAACUCUAUAGAGAACAUUCUAAUGCAAAUUUUUGAUAAAAUUAGGAACUACUGGCUUAAAAGAUUUCACAUUGCAAUUAUUAGAUGGUGGCCCCUACUAGCAAAAUGUGACAUUGCAACCAGCUUUGUUAGACAUUUUAACAUCCAGACAGAAAGAAAAAAAGAAGUUCUGAGAGCUACUUAAAAGGAGUCAGGGCAUCUUUAGACAUGGGAGCCAUUUUUGGUUCAAGGCAGGGGUCAGGGCGCCUGACAACUUCUAGCAGGGUAGAGUUUGAUAAACCACAAUGCUCAGGAUGCCAAGGGGUUAGCCAUUAUCUUAACCCCUUCCUCACCAAAAGAUUGUAGUUUUGUCUGUUGGGAAACAAGAUGUCACUAGGGAAAAAAAGAUUUGCCUUACAACUGCUGGAACACAUCAGCUUGGUGAUAAUAUGUAUGGGACACUAGUAGUAUUUUUGAGAAGGUGCAUAAAACCAAAGUAAAUUAUCCUCUAUGUAGAACAUUAUUUACUAGAAAUAUUUGUUUGGGUAAAUUAGCUUUGACAAUUUUUACCAGUAAAUACUGAUUUUAUUUGAAACUGGGAAUCCAGUUUAUACAUAGGAUAGUUGCUAUAUCCGUUCUCUCCCCCUUGUAAAUGAUAGUUUAAAGAUUUAUGCGUACUUUUUACUUUCUCUCUUGAUGCCAUAGGAUGGGGUAUGGGGUGUGGGGGGGAGAUAUUUGAGUCAACAACUGUCAAAAUGUCAAAUUUAUUCAAAUUUAAAAAUUGAGAAGCAGCACUUUAAGUCUAACGCUACACCAUUUUAGUGCAUGUGUUAGUUUUAAUAAUGAUUUUUGGUGCAUGCCUUUGGGCUUAUUCAAAAGUGUACAAUAGGAAAGUAUAUUUCCUUUCUUAGAAAGGAGAUGUUUUUCUACUUUGCAACAUGUGAUUACAAAAAUCUUCCUCUGUGGGAAGAUUAACCAUGUACUGAACUACUGAGAAGUAUAUAUUUUUAGAUAUACAGAAGGAAUCUACAUGGAGCAGCAUUCAGACCUAUAUAGAAGUCAUAGCAUUCUGUAUAGGACCAUAAAGGAAGUAACAUUAAACACUUAAACAGACCUUGUUGGGUAGAAAUACCUUAGAUCUUGCAUUGACUUCCAAAAAGAAUAUGCCACAGAAGUUUGCUGAAACUUUUGUUGUUUGAAUUUUCUCUGUCAGUGUAUUUAACCCAAAUGUAACAACUUUGGGUUAACACGUAUGUAAGAAUCAAAAACAAAACUAAAUAGAUCAGUCUGGUUUGUCAAUCCAGCUUGAUUGAAAUAAGUACACUAAUCACUUGCAACAUGAAAAACUGUCCAACUCCUCUAAGGUUUUGACAAAAUAACCUUGGCUGAUGUGGGAAGACUCCCAUUUUGAUUUCUGACCUGACAGUGAAGAUUCAUGUUUGACAUGAUUUCAAACCUGACAGUGUCUGUUUAAGGAGCCAUGGUACAGUUUGCUAAUUCAAUCCCAGAUACCUGUUGAUUACCUGUGAGAUCUAGAGUCCAAAGUAGCCAGCAGCUGUAUCCCUGAGUGCUCUGUGCCCAUCAGAUAAAGUAAGCAGGAUUGGGACAGGUCACAGCUCAGAUGAUUGACCUCAGGUGUUGUACACAGCCCCAGAUUCAAGAAUUGUAUCUGCUUUCUUGGGAGUUGUCACUGAACUAAUGUCCCACACUGAGUUACUUAAUGUAGAUGCUCUCUCUUAGUGGAGGCCCAGAGCACACAUGCGAAUUGCUUGUGGUACUCAGAGAGGGGGUGCUAACUCUGAUGCCCUGGCCAAGUUCCAGUUUAGGGAUGUGGGUCUUCUUGUCAUUCUAAUUGGAAAUGUGCAUCACUUCCCAUUUUUCCUGUUGAUCUCAAUGCAAACUACACUAGUCUGUUUCUUUGUCCCCAGUCCCAAGUCUCUCAGAUACUGGUGUGUAUUAUAUAGGCCAAGUUCAUGCUUUAUCCCAAUGCACAAGGGUUGAGGAGUGAGUGAGUUUGGUGUCAGGAUGCACUGUGAAUGGAGGAUGGACUCUUGUAAUGCUAAGGGGAUGAAAUUGGCCAUUUUAAAGCAUAAUUUAGGGAAUGUGCACUGGCCGGAAGCUUCCAGCCAUGAGGUAUGAGCUGAAACCAAUUUUCCCUCUUUUCUUAUAGCAUGAUGAGGAAAUCUGUUGGGUUUUCAGCGGUCAGGGAAGGCCGGAGUUCUGCAGCUUUAAUCUGGGUAACUGAGGCUGGUUUGAGCAAGACUUUGGUUAAUUAACUGGGUUCUCAGAUGCCACAGACUCCGUGAGAAAUCACCAUUAUUUUCAAUGGUUGUGAUAGAAUAUCCCCCUAGUAGCCAUUAUUUUAAGAUUAUAUUGCAGAGUUGCUUUAUUUUGAGCUUUUCGUGUAUACACAAUCCCAAACUGGAAGAAAUUUUUAAAAAGGAAUCCUGCUGUGAAAGGUAUAUAUUACUCUAGAUUUUUCUUACUGUAAAUAUUGUAAGAUUGUAAUACUGUCAAUAUUUUAUUAACCAACAAAUGUUAAUCUAUGUGAAUUCAGACUUAUUUUAAAUGUGCUUCUUAUUUACUGUGUGUGGUCCCUGUUGCUGACAGUAUUAAGUUAUAUUCUGAUGUAAGAUUAACUUUAUUAAAGAAUGUAAACAUUAAUGUUUCCUUUUGGGAAAACAAAUAAAGUAUAAAGAAGACAAUUCUUUUCAUUGAAAUAUACUGUGUAUUUACACUUGCUAGACCCAGCACCACUUAUAAAUUUAGUACACUGUUCAGAAUUUUAGUUAACACAGCUGACAUGAUUGUGCACUAUUUGAAAGUCUUAAGAGUAGGUAUUGUUGGAAUAUAAACAGUUUGUAUUUGUCUGCUGUGAAUCAUCUUGAAAUUUCUAAUCAAGUUUGUAAAAUUUUUAUAGUAAAACAUUUUAAUGACAAUUUAAAAAGUUAUCUUUAAAAAAUGGUCAAAACAAUAUCCUUUCAGAAAUAGAAUUGUUCUUUAAUAUCUUUCCAAAAUGACUUUGGUUAAAUGGACCAGAUGUACAUUAGUUAAAAUUUAGGACAAAGUUGUUGAUAUUCUUUGAGUUUACAAGUUAAUCCUUAUUGGAAAUGUGCCAAUAUAUAGUAGAAUAUCAUUAAUUUGCACUGUUUGGGGACCCCAUUCAAGAAUGUUGAAUUUUGCCAACUAAAAAGUAAGUAAAUGCAAUUUAAAAGUAAAUUUGAGCAUUCUGUAUUGCAUAUGUGCAGAUAUUAUCAUAUGAAGAAGCGCAGUGUGUUGGGCUGUAAUAUAACCAUAUUUGCUGUCAUGUUCUCCCAUCUCAGUGCUGGGAACUCACCAUGUGGAAACCAAGCAAAUGUGUUGUGCAUCAGCCGGCUUGAGUUUGUUCAAUAUCAAAGCUGAAACUAGCGAGGUCUGCUGUACUGCUUAUUGAAGUAUUGUGAUUCUUUUAGGCAUUGAUUCUUACAAAAUAUAUACUGUAACAGUAUACUUUGUACAGAUUUAAAUUUUAUUUGAAAAAAUGAAAUAAAGUAGGCAAAAAAAUAAAGAUGUUUAUUUU